ACAUGUUGUACACUUGACUCGUUUCAGGUACACUUCACCAACGCUUCACUUCAAGCAUAUGGCUGCUUUGGUGGGCGCUCUCCCUUACACGAAUGCACACUUGCAUUGUUACAAGACUUAAAACAGUGUUAAGCUCGUAAAGCUGAAGUUGAAGGUAAUUAAAAUAGCUGAUUAGCUUAGCUAAGGCAAACUGAAACAUGCACACAUAAAGUAAGCACUAAUAUUAUUAAUUAAAUAACCAGGUUAUUUCUAUGUAAUAAUCAACUACUCAAAAACUCUAAAACGGAGAUAUUUACAAGGAAACUUGUAAGGACCUUUUUUGUAAAGUAACUUACCGGCUUUCAUAUAAAAUUCUUACAUAGGAUUUCAAAACAUUUAGAUUUUUGUGAGGCUUGUAAUAAAUAAUAUUAUUCUUGUUCUCCUCUAAUUCGACUGGUCUAUAGCAUUUCAGCAGGAAAAGGCUGUCAUAGGAGAUCGAUUUUUACCGCUAUCGUCUCGAUUUCCAUUUGUUUACUUGGUUUGCACGAUGUUUAAUUUUAUUUCGUUUUAACUUGUUAUAUAUAGACAGGGUGGGUACCGAUUGAGAAUGGCUUAUAGAAAAAUGAUUUUUUCUGAAAGUGUGGUAAAAUCUUUUUAUUUAUCUGUAAUACAUUCUAAAGCAGGAAAGACUUUAUUUCUAAAAGAAAGAAAAAAUAUCUUGAGCACUGCAAAAAAAUUAAAAUCAUUGAUUAGCUAAGAGCAUUAUCACGAUGUGCUUUGAUUGAUCAAUUGUGGGAGCUCCAGCAACCGUUGCUAUCCCAACCAUAUUGUUACACAGCGUCACAGUUGCUAAGGACACAUAUACGUAUUGCGGCAAUUUUUCAAAAAAAAAAGAAAUGAAAAAUAGACUAAUAUGGCAUUAGAAAGUGAGGUAUCUAGUACGCAAAAUGACCACGAGGAGGAGGAAGAGAUCGGUUGCUUCUUCCUGCAACCCUCGUCCUCCCCGUAUAAUCUUGCUGAAAAAGUGCAGCAGGCUAACUUUGACCUCUUUAAUGGAACCCCCCAGAGCACCAGAUCCACCAAAGUUAAAUUUAGAGAUGAACUAGUGUCGUUUGAACCAGAUUUAACAGAUGACGACGUCAACAGCAUUGAGAGCGAUCAUGUUGACGAGCUGCCAAUAAGAACUGAGGAAGUACAAAAGGAGGAGUUUAAAGUUGAAGAAAUAAAGCUGCCAUAUAACACAGUAUUGCGAAAUGAUAUCGAAAUUUUUAAUAUAGAAGAGGAAAUUGAAGAAGUUGAUGAAGCAGUGAUCGAACAGGCUGUUCUAGCUGAGUAUAAUAACGACUUGAAUGAAAUGGAAGAAGUAGUAAGUAGUGAGGAGAUUACCUCCGAAACUGAACCCAAGGAAACGUUAAAAGACAGUUCUAGGGGCUUAGAAAAACCUAACUCGGAAACUGGCUCUAGCAAGUCUAAAAAACCGGCUAAAAGACAAAAGAAGACAAUGAAAAGCCAAGAAAUUCAUUGCAAGCAACACUGUAUUGAGAGGAUAGACAACAUCGCGAUGUCCAUUAAAAAGUUGGAAAUUCAUGAAAAGCCACCAGUGACUCUUCCACCACUUCAGCUUCACCAAAGAAAAUGUUGCGACGAAGUGAGGCUGUCAAACAGCGAAAGAAAUCUGCCAAAUUACAACGGUUACAGGUCCGAAUACGGCUUGAGCUCCCGCCAAAUUAAAUUACGCGACCGUCAAAUGGAAAUGGUGCGUCAGAAGGAGAUCACACGUCAGAAACUUAUCGAGGAGUAUCGAGCUUUGAAGGUGCAGCGAAACGAAGAAGUGUUUUGUCAUUGGCUGAAGGAGGUCACGAGAAGGUCGAAAGAGCCGAACUUGAGAAACCAGUUGAACAGAAGCAAGGGCUACAAGAGCGUGAGCCCUGGUAGUUAUGGUACUAUAAGUCCCAAUAUUAUUCAAGAAAAGUUGAAAGAACGACCGAAAACAGCUGGUUUUGUACCAAAGACCAACAUUAAAAAAAAGAAGAGGCCUUACACCACUCAAAGUUGUGUGUAUAUAGAGGUACCACCCAAUGUGUUAAAGAAGGGGAUUCAUAUUGGAGAUUUGCUCAUAACAAAUUCGAAGCAAUUGAGUAAAAAACUGCACAUUUUAACGGUAUCUUAAUAAGCUAUCAUUUUAUUCGUUUAAGUGCAAUACGUGAAUUUCGCUUGUUCUUCCAAUUUGAAACAAUCAUUUUAUUGUUAAUAACAAUUUUAAGUAGGUUCAAUUUCAGAUUUGAAAGUGUAAUAUUGUUGUA